UUCCUGAGUCAAAGAGGCCAAUUAAUAUCCAGACUUGACUUGAUGCCUUGUAUAAUAUUACAUUUCAUUACAUUUUCUUGAAUCAUUCCCUAACGGCCUCACAAAUUUAGAUAAACCUUCUGAUCCAGAAAGUUCUGUGUUAAAAUUACUGAUUAUAACACUAAACUGAAGUGUAUUGUUAUGCAAACAUCUGCUUUAUGUUUCCGAUUGGAAAUAUUUCACCAUUUGCUCCUGCUUUUCACAAUUUUAAUACGAAAUAAACUGAGGACUAAACUUGAAAAUGACUUACUGAUUUUACUUUCCUCAAGCUUUCAUAUUCAGCUUGUAAGAGAGUCUGAUUUUUAACAAUUCCUUACCUAAUUUUAUUCAGUCACUGACGUAAUGUCUGUUAAAGAUAAAAGCUCAGACGUUGAAUGUAAAAUCGGAUUCAAUAUUACUAAUGAUAUUUUCCUGCCAAAAGAAACUGAACCACUUUUGAAAAAAUAUUCAUUAGAAGGAUUUUCCCAUGACCUGAACAGAAAUCGGUGCGGGACGAAACUUCAAACAAAGACACAAACAGAGAAAACAGGAACAAGUUGGUAUGCAGCUUCUAUAAUGGUCAUAAACGUGGCUCUUGGAGCCGGCUUGCUCAACUUCCCGCAAGCCUAUGAUCGCGCUGGGGGCGUUUUUGUUGCUAUUUGUGUCCAGGCGAUUUUGGUGGCACUUGUGAUAUCAGCCUUGUUAACUCUGGCUUAUUGCUCGGAUGUCAACGGAAGUACUACCUACCAAGAAGUAGUCCGGAGUAUUUAUGGGGAAAGAACAAGAAGAAUUUGCUCUGUUUUGAUCAUUUUCUUUGGAUUUGGAGCUUCUGUAACAUUUGUCAUCGUAAUCGGAGACCAGUUUGAUACAGUUUUGUCGUCAUUAUAUGGAAGGAACUUCUGUCAUUAUUGGUACAUGAGAAGGGAGUUCACAGUUGUCGCCAGCUCCACCUGCAUUAUAUUACCACUGGCUUUCCCCAAAAGGAUAGAUUUUUUAAAGUAUUCGAGCUCUUUUGGAGUUUUAGCAAUGUUGUAUGUGAUCUUUCUUAUGAUAUAUGAGUACUUUGUCGGAAACUACACGCCAGGUCUGGUGAAAACAAGCCCUACAGUGUGGACGGAUGUGUUCCAGGUGGUACCCACCAUUUGCUUUGGUUACCAGUGCCAUAUGAGCAGCGUCCCUAUAUACUCCUGUUUAGCCGAUAGACGGGUGUCUAACUUUCUUCGGACAGUACUGGUGGCUAUGAGCAUGUGCAUGCUCGCUUAUUCAGUCGCUUCUUCAGCAGGAUAUCUAACCUUUGGUUCCCACGUGACAAGCGACAUCUUGGAGUCUUACAAUGCAAAGGACCCAGUCGUCAUGAUAGGUAUUGCAGCUUUAGGUGCAAAAAUAUAUACUAUCUACCCUGUUGUGUUAUUUUGUGGAAGGACAGCGAUAGACGACCUCUAUGUUCAAAUAAGAGGGAUACCACCAGAAGUCGUCGUCGAGAGUGAACGAUGCAGAAGAAUCAUCAUCGCACUGUCAUGGUUUAUUUGCUCUUUAACCCUCUCUCUCCUAAUUCCUAACAUCGGCACAGUAAUCGAAUUUAUGGGAAGUUUGGCAGCAGUUUUUAUUUUUGUGUUUCCAGGGCUGUGCCUUUUCAAAGUAACUCUGAAGAAGGAUCCAGAUCUUUCAUAUUUUAAAAGCAGGUUCCUUGUGAUUUGGGCUAUGUUUCUUUUAGCUGUAGGAACAUGUAUAUUUUUCUUGGUGUUAAUGCAGGCACUGAUUAGAAAUAUGUCUGGUCAAGCUAUAACAGGAAAACCUCAUAUUUGUUAGUUACAGACAAUACACGCCUUACAUAUUAUGAUAUUGUUACGUCUCAUAAAAGAAAUGGUAGUUUUCUUAUAAUUUUCUCUAAUCAACUUGCUAUAUUGCAAUUUAUUGAAAACCAUUGAAAGAGUCUGUAAUAAGAAAAGCUAGUAUUUUAGUCCAACCACCUUUUUCAUUUUUCAAUGAAUAAUGAUUGGGAAUACAUAUUAAAUAUUUACGUUUGCACUGAGCCUUUAAAUUUUUUUUUUCAUGGUAUAAAAUAUUUCUACAUGAUAAUUCCCUGCCUAAAGCAUUAUAAAAAUUCAAAUCCACCCUAUUUUAUUAAUUCAAGCAAAUUUUUAGUGAAAAAAAACUAUUGUUUUAUGUUGGGCUUAUCCUUUUCUAUUUGUGUAUAAGAUUGAAUGAGUUCAUACAUUUUUUCAUCCUAUUAUUGCUGUGUGUAGCUAUAAUAGCUAUACUGUUUAUUUCACUUUUUUAAAAACUUGGGAAAAUCCAUUGAAGUUAAAAUAAGCAAAAUUAAUGUUUGCUGUUAAUAAAGAUUUCAAAGUGAAGAAAAUGUCUGAGCCAAAGGUCUGUCAUUUAAUUUACUGAAUAACUGCCUAACUUUCAGCUAUAUUUAUAGUAUAAGUUGUAAGACCUUCGUUGGAAUUGUGUUAUGUUAAAUUAAUGUAUUUAAACAAACUGAGUAUGUGAUACUAAUGACUACAUUAAAAAAUUAAGUACA